AUGGCCUCGCCUCUCGGCCCACCACCACCACCUCGCGCCAGCGCCAGUGCCGCCGCCGCCCCUCCGACCCCGCAAGAGAUCGAGCGCAAGCUGGGCUCGCCCUCGCUCCCGCCCACCACCAUGGGCGCCGCGAGCCCGUCCCUCGCCGCCCUGUCGACCUCGCUCGAGACCCCGGGCGGCUUUGCCCUCCUCGAGCGCAGGGGGAGCCUCGCGAGCCGCAGGACCUCGAUGAUCUCGUCGACCGCCGACGACGAGUCGGACGCGCACGACCCCACCACCUCGUCGUCGUCCGCCUCGCACGCCGCGUUCGCCUCGUCCGGCGGCGCCCCGCUGCGCACCUCUCCUCCCUCGUUCCUCGCCCCUACCACGUCCACCACGUCCACCACGUCCACCUCCACCGCUACCACCGCCACCGCCUCCUCGUCGUCCCACCCACAGCAGCACCCGCACGCGCAGCACCACCUCGCGCUCCAGAGCAUCUCGGAGACGGACGACGCCCUCGGCGAGGGCGACGGCGACGGUGGCUGCGCGAGCGACGAGUCGGACGCGAGCUCGCUCGGCGGACUCGAGCGGCGGCGCGAGGGCGCAUUUGCUGUCCCGGCGGGGCAGGGGCACGGGCACGGGCAGGGGCAGGCGCAGGGGCGCGCGAGGGCGUUCGACCUCGCGCCGGUGCGCACGGGCUCGGGCGCCGACGGCGCGAGCGGCGCGAGAGGGGCAGGAGGAGGAGGGCGAGGGGGUCUGAGCGACAACGUGGCGCUCAAGAGCGGGUACCUCAUGAAGAAGGGUGAGCGGCGCAAGGCGUGGAAGAAGCGGUGGUUUGUCCUCAGGGGAGGGCAGCUCGCCAUGUACAAGAGCGACAAGGAGUACCGCCUCCUGCGCCUCAUCCCGCUGUCAGACAUCCACGCCGUCGCGCCCAUCUCGCUCAAGAAGCACGCCCACGCGUUCGGCAUCGUGACGCCGCGCCGCACCUACUACGUGCACGCCGACUCGAGCCCGGAAGCCCACGCGUGGUGUCGCGCGCUUGACGCGGCGAGGAGCGACGAGGCGAGCCGCGCGACGGUCAACAGCGUAGAGACGCCGACGCCGACGCCGACACCGAGGGGCGGCGCGAGCCCGGCGGCGACGCCGAGGGGGGGCAGCUUUGAGGGGGCGAGGGCGGGCGCGGCGGGCGCGGCGGCGGGGACGGCGGCGAGAGGGACGGCGGCGAGGGCGCAGCAGGAGGACGAUGACGAGCGCGAGCGCGACGAGGACGAGGGGAGCGAGGGCGAGUACCUCGCGCACGGGCACGGUCUCGGCCUCGACGACGGCGGCUCGACGACGCCGCGCGCGCUCGUCCAGCACGGCGCCGCCGAGUACGCGCCGUCUGGGCCCUCGUCGUCCUCGUCGGCGGCGGUCAACAUCCCCGGCUCGACCACCACCUCGGCGCCCGCGUUCGGGAACCCGCACGCGCCCGGAUCUAGCUACGCCUCGACGGGCGCGAGCUCGUC